GUCAGCAGGAAAAAACCUCAAAAGUUCCGAUUUCUUUCGCCUUUGCCGCCCUCUGCUUCAUUCCCAAACACACAAAAAGGCGGCAUUCAGUAGGGUAGUCCAUGGCUUGACAUAAAUUUUAGCUUAUUGAGAUUACUAGUAGAUAACGCCACCUGCUGACUCUUUCCAGCCUUGUCCCAAAUGAUACGCUUUCUCAACAAGGUCACACUGCUGAAGGACCCCGGUGAAAUAUACGCUGACGCUACGGAAAAAUGAGUGGUGCAACCAGUGUUUUGGUUUUUAACUGGUUGAAAAGGUCAAUAAAGCUUGUCGACACCAUUGUUAUAUUGAAUUGCUGUGUUGAAGGGCAAUAACUUUUGAUUGCUUUCUUGCCUUUGCUUGGUAGAUUUGGUAUUACUUAGGUUGAAAGAAGGAUUCUGGUUAUUUGCAUGUGAGCCUAAAGGGAAAUUUUCUUGUUGGUGAUGUGAUGACCCUCAUUUCGCACAACUCCGUUGUUGAGUUUUCUAGUAUGCAUAGGUCACAUUCAGGGAUUACCCCGAAGGGAAUGAUCAGGACGCAUAGCUAUCCAGUCAAGAAUAUGUGCCGAACACGAUCUUAUCUACAAGGGGUUAGGUUUAUCUGUUCAAGUAGAAGUGCUUCUUUGAAAACAUUUAGAAGUCAGAUGCCUGGAGUUUGUACUGAUAGAGUUUCUGGUAGUAACAAAAAGGAUGAGAAAUUAACCACUGUUAAUACAAGUUGGUCAAAGAAAUAUCCUAAAUAUCUGAAGGCCACCCUAGAUGGGCCUGUUACUGAGAAUGAUGAGAACACGAACAAUGAAAUCCUUCAAAGUUUUUGUACCAGUGGGAGAUUGCAAGAUGCAACAAAAUUAGUGGAAUUCAUGGCUCGUAGGAAUCAGAUUCCGUACUUUCCUUCAUGUAUCAAUUUGGUUAGGGGUCUUAUUAAUGAUGAUCAGAUUGAUAAAGCUGCAAAGAUCCUUGAGUUCAUGGUAAUGUCAGGUGGAGUUCCAGAUAAUAUCACGUACAACAUGUUAAUUGGUGGUUUGUGUAGGAAGGGACAGUUAAAAUCUGCUCUUGAUGUAUUGGCAGACAUGAAUAUGAGUGGUUGCUCUCCAGAUGUAAUUACGUACAACACAAUACUGCGAGCCAUGUUCGAAUGUGGCAGGUUUGAGCAGGCCAUUCAAUUUUGGGAGGAACAAUUAAGAAAGGGUUGCCCUCCUUACAUAAUUACAUAUACAGUUCUUAUUGAGUUAGUGUGCAGGUAUUGCGGGGUUAAACGGGCUAUAGAAGUGAUGGAGGAUUUAAAUGUUGAGGGAUGUUGCCCUGACCUUGUAACCUACAAUUCUCUGGUAAGUUUUACGUGUAAACAAGGAAAUUUUGAUCACACAGCUCUGGUACUGUACGAUUUGCUAUCACAUGGACUGGAGCCCAAUUCGGUAACAUACAACACUCUUCUCCACUCACUUUGUUCCCAUGGGCAUUGGGUUCAAGUAGAUGAGAUCCUUUCGCUCAUGAAUGAAACAUCGCAUCUUCCUAGCCUGAUCACUUACAAUAUAUUGAUUAAUGGAUGCUGCAAGCAUGGGCUUCUUGAUCGUGCAGUGGACUACUUUAUUGAGAUGGUUUCCGACAAUUAUUGUCCUGAUAUAAUCACAUAUAACACCCUUAUACGUGCUCUUUUCAAAGAGGAAAUGUUAGACGAAGCUAUCCAAAUUUUAUACUGCUUAGAUGGAACCACAUCUUCCCCUAGUUUAAUCACUUACAAUAUCAUGAUUGAUGGUUUGGCUAAGAAAGGCUUUAUGGAAAAAGCCAUGGAACUCUAUGGCCAUAUGAUAGAGCAGGGGAUUGUUCCUGAUGACAUAACUUAUAGAUGUCUUACCUGGGGAUUCUGUAGGGCAGAUCACAUUGAAGAAGCUGUGGAACUGUUGAAGGUUAUGGGAAGUAGUCAACGUCAGAUUAGAGAUAAAUGUUAUAGACUUAUAAUACACAGGUUAUGUGAGAAGAAGAAAUUGGACACUGCUAUACAAGUCUUCGAUAUCAUGAUGUUGUGUAAAGGCAAGUCGCAUGUAAAUGUUUAUUCUAGCAUCAUAGAAGGCAUAUCUUCUGAGGGUUUAAUCGAUGAAGCUGAAGUGUUGAGGCAGAAGUUGGUAGAAAAGAAGUAUCUUAGAGUGUCGAAAUCUCUGGCUUGAGCAAUAGUUGUGUGUAACAGAGAUCACGGGGGUUUACUUGAAUAUUUUUCUACAUCUGGAUGGUUCUUAUGAGUUACAUUUAUGAGUUGGCUGAUUUGGAAUUGGGCAGUUCACAGCUUUGAGUGAAGUAGCUAUGUGGUCUUUCUCUGAAAUUCCUCUCUUUUCUUUUACUUAACAUUUUUUUGGGUACCUGCUUGUGAAUGCUUUUAUUACUUGUGGUGUUUUGACGAAUUAGCACCAAAUGGAUGUUACAAACUGCAUGUUAAAUGAAAAAUUAGGAUGAAAUGAACCGAUG